CAUUACCAGAUAUUGCUUUAUAUAUCACCAUCAUUACAUGUUUGCCAGGAGCAAAGACUACAUUGAAAUGUUUGAAAACAAAAGUGAAUUGCGUGACAUUAAGUCUCACUAUGCUGAAUAUAAUGAUGUAUAUGAUGAUGAAUAUGAUGAUACAUAUGAUGAUAAUGAUAUUGGUGCUAAUGACAAUGACUCAGCUGAUGAACUCACAACGAGAAGGCCUUUUACAACUCCAAGAAUACUAACUGUUAGUGCUAAGGACGCAUCAGGGGCUAGUGAGAGUUCUGAAGAGGAAGUCAAAACAAAACCAUUAGACAUGUUCAUACCAAAUCCUGCUGAAGUAAGGGCAAGACAGGAAGCUACUAGAAGGUCAAAAUAUGAAAGUCGUAAUAAAGAUAUUCUAAAAGGUCAACCUAAAGGCAAAGGUCAAAGUGCUCAAACUGAACGAAAGAGACAUGACAAGGAUAAACACAAAGCAUCUAGGGCUAACCAUAAUAGGAAAAUUAUGUCAGAUAAAAAGAGAAGUAAAGCCAUGAUUUAA